GGUGUUUCUUUUACAGAUAUGUCAUAUGGUGGCGUUCAUGACUUUCAGAACGCACUGACUCCCAGGGUGCUGAAUGACGGUCCUGUGUUCCAUCAAGAUUAGCUGAUCAUGGUUAGCUGAUUAUGGAUACGUUUAGGACGCGAUAAUAAUAACACAUUGACAAUGUUUUCGUGGGGAGAGAAUACCCGUGAUGGCUUUGGUUUAGUGAAGUCGAAUGGUUUGGUAAAGACGAACACGGACAGUUGCGUAAAUUUCAUAGGCAUGAAAUCUCCAAUUACGCAUCUAUCUGCAGGUAAUACAGUAGUCGCGUUCAUCAGAAAGAAUGGGGAACAAGUGUCUGUCGCUCGAAUGCAAGAGGACAAAGAUGGGAGAAGGAUCACAGGAAAACUGAAGAAUGUGGAGUGCAGGGAGAAGAUGGUGGCUCUGAGUUGCGGAGAUGCCCAUGUUGUUUUACUGUCUGAAGAGGGAAGAGUUUUCUGCCUCGCCCAAUUUUCCAAUGUUCCCAGACAAGUGGGUAACUUGAAUCAGGUAAUUCAAGUUGCAUGUGGAGACCAGCAUUCAAUUGCACUAACCCAAGAUGGUAACGUGUUCACGUGGGGCCAGAACUCCAGCGGACAGCUGGGUUUGGGGAAGGGCAAGCCCAUCACCCUUUCUCUUCAGCCUGUCAAGUCUCUGUCAGGGAUCCCCCUGGCUCAGAUCACCGCUGGGGGAGACCACAGCUUCGCCUUGUCCCUCUCUGGAGCCGUGUUCGGCUGGGGCAAGAACAAUGCCGGACAGCUGGGACUGGGGGACACAAUAGACAGACCUGCUCCAGCUCCUGUUGAUUGCCUGAAUCUAAAGAAGACCAUUGCUGUUUCCUGUGGAGUGGAGCAUACUGCCGUUCUGACAAAGGGAGGUAUAGUGUUCACAUUUGGCUCGGGUCGAUAUGGACAGCUUGGACACAACUCUCUCAGAGAUGAACUACGACCUCGACUGGUGGCCGAACUAUUGGGGGCAAAGGUGACCCAGAUCGCCUGUGGAAGAAACCACACAUUAGCGUUUGUGGGCUCCUUCAAAAAUAUCUACUCAUUUGGGCUUGGAGAGCAAGGGCAGCUGGGAAAUGGAGUCAAGAUGGAUCAGUCUGUGCCUCUGCCAGUACAGCUAUCACAGGACCGCAUUGAUGACCAGCAAAUUGAACAAACCUUUGCUGGAGGAAACCAUUCUUUUGCCUUGUGCAGCUCUGCUCAGGAAUCAGGAAAAGGUUUGAAUGACUCCCGUCUUGAAAAAGUGACUCAGACAUUAGGCAAUGACAUCAUUGACAGAUGGAUAUUGCAAUGUGACUCAAAAUCAUGGACGGAAAUACAGAAGGAAAUCACAAAAACAUUCUCUUCUGCGUCAUGUUUAAAUGGGAGCUUCCUGGACAAAAGUCGUGAUAAACAUUACCAAACCUCACUGAAGCACUCUGGCCUGGACUUGUCACUCGCCCGACUGGCUUUUCAAAAGCUUGCAGAAAAGGACAAAGUUCUGGCUGAGGUUAAAGAAGUCGUCCAGCACAUACUCCUUCCCUCCCUGAGUAAGGAUCCCAUUGGGGUGGAGGGUCUGAGGGUGUACCUCAUCAUCCCUGAGCUCCUGAGGGUUCUCCUAAAACAACAACGUGGCAUAGACAUUACUGAGGCCUUCGCUGCAGCCAUCCUCAGACUGAACCCAGUCAAGCUCCAGGUCCUUGCGUCAGCAGAGGGCUAUGCUGUUAUUAAACAAUUUAAAGGGACUUUAAAGGUUAUGGAGAGGCUGUAUGAAGUCAAUUGCAACAGACGCAUCAAAAUUGCGGCAAGCAAUUUCCACAUCAACAGAGCCAAUAGGUUGCUUCAGAAUAUGCUCAACACAUUUGGAGAUAUUGACUACCUAAAUCUUUCCGAGGGUUUAUUUGAUUCAUUUCACCAGCAAUCCUGCAUCUUCAACACAGAGGCUAAAUGUAUAGUUUAUCAAUUGGAACUCCAUUACAGAUUUGCCCUCCAUGGACACUUUUCGGUCCCUAUACUACAUGUGAGCAGAGAGACAGCACUGGAAGAUGCUUUCCAGCACAUUCUACAAAUUGGGCACGACUUCACAAUGCCUUUGAAGGUGAAGUUUCAAGCAGAGCAUGGUGUAGAUGAAGGUGGCGUUUCAUUGGAAUUCUUCAGCCUCCUGGGGAGGGAAAUUCACAAAAUGGAACCAAAGACACUGAAGGUUUACGAGGACUCUGGACUAGUGUGGUUCACGACAGAUGACGGCGGUAUUACUGAUGAAUUCUACUUACUUGGGCUGCUCUGUGGGAUGGCACUGUAUAAUCAGUGUGUUCUGAACCUCUGCUUCCCUCUGGCUCUCUUCAAGAAGCUUCUGGGUCUGACGACAACAUUUGAUGACCUUAAAGAGCUGUCUCCAACUGAAGCAAGGUACAAUUAUUCUAAGGAAAAAUAUAUACAGGUAACUGCCAAAAUAAAGGAAACACCAACAUAAAGUGUC